CCCGGGACUCGGGGACGAGGGCGGGCGGCUCGGCCCCAGCUGCCCGCGGCGCCGCGUUCCUGCUCGCUCCUGGCCGGCCCCUGCAGGUGCCAUGAGUGAAGAGGACUUCCACAGGAGCGUGGCGGAUGCCCAGGAGUGGAUGAAGGCUGUGCAUGAGCGGCUGCACGCUAAUGACAACACCCAGGGGCCCCGGGCGGCCCUGGAGGCCCGGCUGCAGGAGACGGAGAAAAUCUGCCAGCUGGAGCCCGAGGGGCGUGUGAAGGUGGACCUGGUGCUGGGGGCGGCGGAGGCCUUGCUGGCGAGCUGCCAUGAGGCCCAGAAGCCUGACAUCCUAGCCCGGCUGAAGGACAUCAAGGCCCAGUGGGAGGAGACGGUCACCUACAUGACUCACUGCCACAGCCGCAUCGAGUGGGUGUGGCUGCACUGGAGCGAGUACCUGCUGGCCCGAGACGAGUUCUACCGCUGGUUCCACAAGCUGACCGUUACGCUCGAGCCCCCUGUGGAGCUGCAGCUGGGCCUGCAGGAGAAGCGGUGGCAGCUGAGCCAUGCCCAGGUGCUGCUGCAGAACGUGGACCACCAGGCCGUGCUCCUGGAGCGGCUGCUGGAAGAAGCAGCCUCGCUGUUCCACAGGAUCGGAGACCCCAGCGUGGACGAAGACGCCCAGAAGAGGAUGCAGGCCGAGUACGAUGCAGUGAGGACCAAGGCCCAGGACCGGGUGCACCUGCUGGCUCAGGUGGUUCAGGAGCAUGAGCAGUACCAGGCAAAUGUGGAUGAGUUCCAGCUGUGGCUGCAGGCAGUGGUGGAGAAGGCACACAGCUGCCUGGGGCGGAACCGCAAGCUGAGCCCCACACACCGACUCUCUGCACUACAGGACAUCGCCCAGGAUUUCCCAAGGGGAGAGGAGUCGCUGCAGCGGCUGGAGGAGCAGUCAGUGGGUGUCAUCCAGAACACGUCUCCCCUGGGUGCGGAGAAGGUGGCCGCAGAACUGGAAGACAUGCGCAAGGUUCUGGAGAAACUGCGGAUGCUCUGGGAGGAGGAAGAGGAGCGGCUGCGGGGCCUGCUCAGGGCCGAGGGAGCCUGCGAGCAGCGAGCCCAGCAACUGGAGGCUGAGCUGGGAGAAUUCCGGAAGCGCCUUCACGGGCUGGCCCAGGAGGGGCUGGAACCUGCGAACAUGGCGAAGGCCGGCACGGAGGACGAGCUGGUGGCUCGCUGGAGACGCUGCACGGCUACGCGGGCGGCCCUGGCCUCGGAGGAGCCCCGGGUGGAGCGGCUACAGGCCCAGCUGAAAGAGCUCCUGGUCUUCCCACAUCACCUGCAGCCUCUCUCUGAAAGUGUUGUGGCCGCCAUCCAGGACUAUCAGAGCCUAAAGGCGAAGAGCGCGAGGAUGCGCAAUGCUGCGGGCGCACAGCUGUGGCAGCGCUUCCAGCGGCCCCUGCAGGACCUGCAGCUGUGGAGGGCCCUGGGUCAGCGGCUCCUGGAGGUCACGGCCAACCUGCCAGACCUACCCUCCAUCCACACCUUCCUGCCCCAAAUCGAGGCAGCCCUGGUGGAAAGCUCCCGCCUGAAGGAGCAGCUGACCGUGCUGCAGCUCAAGAAAGACCUACUGGGCAGCAUCUUUGACAGGGACAGAGCAGCGGCCCUCCUGGAGGAGGCGGCGAGUUUGGUGAGGGACAGGGACUUGCUGCAUAACAGCCUCCUGCAGAGGAAGAGCAAGCUGCAGAGCUUGCUGGCCCAGCACCAGGACUUCGGGGCCGCACUCGAACCCCUGCAGAGGAAGCUGCUGGACUUGCAGGUCCAGCUCCUUGCUGAGAAGGGGCUGCAGCGGGACCUUCCUGAGAAGCAGGCACAGCUCUCGAGGUUGCAGGGGCUGCAGGAGGAAGGACUGGAGCUGGGGGCGCAGGUGGAGGCUUUGAAGUCACUGGUACAGGAGAAUUCCAGCCACCAGCAUAGAUGGGGCCAGCUCUCCUCUGACUGCCAGGCCCUGCAGCGGGCCCUGGAGGACCUCGUGGAUGACCGUCGGCAGAGCGUGCGGGAGCACUUCACCUUCAGCCAAGAGCUGCUGGAGCUGCGGCAGGGGAUCGCCGUGCUCACGGAGAAGCUGGAGGCGCACCUGGGAGACAGCGCGUCCCAACAGGCCGAGGUGGAGAGGCUGCUGGAAGACUUCCCAGAGAAGGAGGCCCAGCUGCUGCUCACCGAAGCACAUGGCCGCCUGGUGCUAGAGAAGUCUUCUCAGGAGGGGGCCAGGGGAAUCCAGGAGCAGCUGAGGGAGCUGACGGAGUCCUGGCAGGCCCUGCAGCUGCUGAAGGAGCGACUGCUGAGCUUCAUCAGGGACCAACAGCUGCAGAGGACGGAUGUGGAUUCAGGGAAGGGAAUGUUUUUCACCAACAACAUCCCCAAGCCUGGGGUUCUCAUCGACCCUGCGGAUCCUCUUCCCAGGCAUCGGCGGAGGGCGCACCUGCUCGUGGAGGAAGGGGGCAGCCAGGAGGAGCCAUCACGGCUCCUGAGGGACUUCAAGCAGUGGCUGCAGUUGGAAAACACCAAGCUGGUUCAGAUCAUCGCGGCAAGAGCCAGCACCGCUGAGGACCUGGCGGCACGGGAGGCGAAGCUGCAGGAGCUGGAGGCACGGGUGCCAGAAGGUCAGCAUCUCUUUGAGUCCCUCCUUCAUCUUGGACCCACACGGGAGACCUCGGAGGAAUUGGAGGAUGUGCGCUACCGAUGGAUGCUAUACAAGUCCAAGCUCAGAGAUUCCAGCCACCUGCUGCAGACGCUGACUUCUCCGGGGGAGCUGCCUGGACGCCAGAAGACUCGGCGGCGGCGAGGCCUUGGCCAACUCUUCUGGAAGGCGUGCUGCACAGCGCUCCCACUGCAGCUGCUGCUGCUGCUGCUCCUGUUGCUGCUGUUCCUGCUGCCCGUCGGGGACGAGGCCCGCAGCUGCACGCUGGCCAACAACCUUGCUCGCUCUUUCACACUCAUGCUGCGCCACCAUGGCCCCCCGCCCACCUAGCCGGCUAGCCACACGGACCUCGGAGCAGUCCCAGAGCCACCUAUGGGCACGCCAGCGGGGAACCUGGUCCCAGCCUGGACAGCUGCAGCACCGCCUAAGCACACAUACUGUGUCAGUGUUCCCAGCACCAGCUUACCUUGGAUGCAGCGUGGUCUGCAUCUGUGUGUACUAACGUGCGUGUGACUCAGCGAUCCCGUGCGGCUCCCUGCAGACGCUCCAUCUGAUGUCCUGUGGUCGUCUGUUAGCAGCUGGGGGGAUUCCCAGCAAGGAGCCUUUGUAGCAUCUGUGCCUUCAUUUGCAGGCAGCACCGGAACCUGGAAUGAUGACUGGUCCCCUCUCAUGGCAGACUCUUUUCCAGAAGCGCAUGGACAGGCCUCAGUGCCAGCACAGGAGCACAGCCUGGGCUCUCGUGGCCUGCCCCAUGACUGCUGCUUUAUGCACAGUGAGAAUGCUUGCGCCCCUCUACUUCUGAAUUCCAGGCUGUGGGUUGCAAGGAGAAAUGGCAACGGCCAGAGGCAGGCCUGGCGACAGCUGUGAGACGUGAGGCGUGACGAGGACAGGGGGCAAGGGGACAUGGGCAGGAAGCACUGGACAGGUCAGCUGGUGAUGUCAGGUGCAGGAGCCAGAGUCCCAGCCCCAGGGCUUGGGGGCUUUCAGCAGCAUGGACCAGGGUGGGUAACCUGGGGCGGGUGGCAGCUCUCCAGCGGGUAGUCAGACUGGGCUGCCUGUGUUUUGUUUGGGGAGGGGAUGGCAAGGAGACAGAUUUUAUUAUCAAGAUCUGCCAGCUGCCCGAGGUACACUCUGCAUAGCAUCCCACAGCCCCAGAGGUGGCCGGGCCCCUGCCCUCCUGACCUCAGGCUCCCCAGGAACCCUGAAAGGCCGGGGCCACCUCCACGGGGGUACAGAAACCCACUAAGCAAGCACACUCUUCCCCAGCAAGUUUGGGAAGCAAACUACAGAUUCUGUCCUGCAAGCAGCCACGUGGCUGGCUAAUGAAGGCCUGAGUGGACCCCAGCCUUGGGCCCGCAUCUCCAAGCUUGUUGAGGUCAGAGCCUCUUUCUGCUCUCCCAUGUCACAGAGGCCCAGGAGAGGGCUGGGUGUUUCCCUCUGGCCACCCAGUGAGAGGCUCACCAUGGCAACCCCCUGCCCCCAACACGAGCAACUUCAGGAAGAAAAGCCGUUCCACGUGGAUGCAGCUGUGUCAUGUGGAUGGCUGGAGGGCAGGCAGAAGAUGCAGGGUGUGGACGGUGUGGACGGGAAGGUCUGCACGUGCUGUAGGCUUUGAUCCCAGUGUCAAGUCCACUUGUUUGCCUAUCUAUUUUUUUAUGAGAAAAUCUCUAUUUUCAUAACUUUCCUAUAAAUGCAGCUGUAGCAUGGCCCAGGAGUCCAAUUACUAGUGCUUUCCACAUAUAACCUUUGCUGACGCCAAGUGUGGACAAUGAUGGUUUUGUGGUUUGGCUGUCCAGUCUGUCGUGUCGCUGGGCAGCCUGCCUGUGUGUAUGUGUGGCUCCUGUGUUUCCAGAGUGGGACGGUCUUGUAGCACUAAGGAUGUGUGGGAGGGGGAGUGAGAAAGACCUGUUGAUGCACAGGUGGCUCAGAUGGACGCUGUCCCCUCCCUGCGACCUGACCCACACUCCCCGCCCUUCCUUACUCUGCCCUGAGUGCAGAUAGGUGCACAGGUUGGCAGGGGUUGAUGUGGAAGACAGAGGGCACGUGGGGGUGCAAGGUCUGGAGCCUCCUGGACGUGCCAUACUGAAUGGGUGAGCCAGGAACAGAUGCAUUUGUGUGGCUCUCACUGGGUGGCCCCUGGGUGAGCCUGUUGCAAGCCCACCCUACCCUAUAGGCUUGCCUAGUGCUAGGUGCUCACUGGAGGCAGCUGGCUGCAAGGAAGUGCAAUUUGAAACCAAAUUCAUGCAGCCCUAGGGUCCAGACUUGGAGGCAAGGGCUUGAGAGGGAUCCUACUGCUCAUCAUGCAGUUUUGCUAGAUCUGCCUAGAUUUCCUUCCUGGAAAUGGUGACUCCUGGGCCCAGCAAGCUGAACUAGCAGGCUGAUCCCUGCCCGGCACCGCCGGGGAGAUGAGCAUUUGUGUUAGGAGGGAAACACGUUGAGGGCCCACGCCAUGACUCUGACUCCUAGAUGUGUGUGCAGUGGAGCUGCAACCUUGUGUCCAGCUGAAGCCAGAGCACAGCAGAGGUUGGCAUCUGCUUAAAGCAGAGCUGGGUGGUCCGACAUCCUUCCGGGGACCUUUUCCUUGACCUCGUCUGCUUUGCUUUACAGGCCAUAGGCCCUGGUCCCUGCAGGUGCUCAGCAAGUAGACUUUCCAAAGAGGAGGUGAGAGCUGCUCAUUUUAUGACCAAGCCCACGCCUCUGCUGCUGAGAGCCGGCAAGUCCAGGACAGAGUGCCGGGGACAAGAGCAGGUGCUGACCGUCUGCCUGGCUCUGCCCAAAAAUGCAGGGACACUUGGAGCAUGGCAUCUGCAUUGUGAGGUGGCUCCUGCCGUGGCAGAGGCUCUGCGUGUUCCUGAAGUGUGGCUGGGGAGGAAGACGUGGCCAGCAGGGAUGUGGUGUGUGUGGUAGUGCAGGUACACUCGUGUGUGUGUGUGUGUGGAUGUAAGUGGAAAUGUGUGUAGGAAUGAGAGCCCUGCCCUCCAAUUCAAACCCAUAAUCCCUGUUUAUUAUCAACCUGGACAGGUCUGUGAGUUUCCUGUCUUCUCUCCUAUGGGAGAACUCAGAAGCAGGGGCGCUUGAGCCCCAGCGCCGGCCUGAAGGUAUCUGGCGACCUCUUCCUACCCUUGCUGUGUCCCAUGCUUGCUGUGUCUUCCAUACCUGAGUCCCAGUAUCCCCAGUCUGACACUCCCAUUUGUUCAUGUGGCUGGAAGAGAGCGAACCACGCAGUGCGAGCCAGGAGAUGGGGUGUGUGUGCCUGCGUGUAGAGGCUGUGUGAGUGGUAUUUGGUGGUAAACGCCAACUGACUUCCUUGUGUAAACUGCACUGUGUUGUAUGCAAGAGGGACCACAUCCGUUUUCGUUGUGUUAUUUGUGAUGGCAAAAUAGGUGUCUGCAAGAAGCUAAACUUCCUGGGAAGGCAAGCGGUGUCAAAGCCAAAUGACUGUCUUGGACUUUGUGUGUGUCCUCGUGGUUUAGACCGAACCCAGCGGGAGUCGUGUGCCUGUGAGGAAACUGGCUGCCACUCGGCGCCAGAUCUUAUGGGCACGCCGCGUGCUCAUCGCUUGCCGUGUGUUCAGCCAUGUUCUUGGAGAUGGGUUGACUAUUCUUGUUUUAUAUUUGUUUUUUAAAUAAUGUAUAUGCUUUAUGUUUGGAAAUAAAAAAAAGUAAUCUCUAUUUUGGACUAUGAAGCAGCAUGUGGCUUGCAAGUUCUUUUUCUAAAGCAAGAGUUUCCAUCUGAAGAGGUGACAGGGAGGAAGAUGCCCUGGGCUCCUGGCUGAUGACUUCCGGGUAGGAUCAGUGCCGCGUUGAGGCAGAGGUAGAACUUGGGGUGAUAGCAACACUCAGCUCCAGCUAGAGCACCGAAGGUCCCAGGAACAUCCUGUGAAACAGCGUCCUAGUCGCAGAAAGGCUGGAAAAUUCUGACAUCCGCUCUCCACAGGGGACAGAGCCCUGAGUGUGUGCAAGGUCUAGCAAGGGACGAGGAGGUCACGGAAGCCACUCGGCCAUGGGCUGAAGCCCCGUGUGCCAGUGUGGUUAGGAGGCACUCAAGCGUGGGGAGAGGAAGACGAGGCAGACAUGAGGGGGCAGUGCCCUCAGGUUCACAGGAAGAUCUAAGACCUGAGAAAGAGAGAAUCCAUCCGCUGGUUCACUCCUCAGCUGACCGCAACACAGGCUGGACCCAGGCAGAAGCCAGGACUCUAGAACUCAGUCCAGUGCACCCACAUGGGGGACGGGGACCCAAGCCCUGAGUCAUCACUGUCACCUCCCGGAGUCCACAGUAGCAG